GGACGAAGUCUAUCAAAACUCAAUAUCCAUACCGCUAUCUUCUCCUCUUUUCUUAUCCGUUCUCCUCGUUUCCCCUCAAGGACACCUAUUAGCCUCCAAAUUACCCAACAACACCAACCAAUACCACAACACCACAACAUAGUUCUAUCUCCAAAAUGUCGUGCCCAGUCAUCGGAACCACAAACGAUGUCCUCCCUCCAAACCACCCCUCGAUAGACCUCAGCAAGGACGGCCAAACCUGCCCCGUUGUAGGCGCAAAAACCGACCACCACCACAACCUGCACUCGCACCCCCCAGUCCCCACCAACGAGACGACCGCAACCGCAUGUCCCGCCCUCAAGAACAACGUCAUCAAGCAGCCGCGCGCCCAAGAAAUGGACGACGCUCUAUGCCCCGUCGUCGGAACCGCAACGACAGUCUUGCCGCCUGACCACCCGGAUAUGCUCAAAGCAAACGAGGGCGACGUCUGCCCUGUUACCAAGGCGACGGUCGGACACCACAAAGAUAAGGUUGCUACGCACCCGAGUGUAGAGGCUGCCAGGGAUGGCGCUGUGUGUCCUGUCACCGGACAGAAGCAGCAGCUUGCGUAGGUAGAAUAUAUAUACCUGACUGUUUUAGCCAAAGGGUGUCUUGGUCUAAAGCUGGCGUUUUGGACGAGGAUGUAGGAAAUGAAUUUGAUGAAUUUACUGAUCCCGCAUGCAUACACGUUU